GAGAGAGAGAGAGGAGCGGAAGAGAAGGGGAGAACCAGGAGGAGGAGGAGGAGGAGGAGGAGGCGGUGGGAGGGAUCGAUGGCGUCGCGCGUGCUCCCACGAGAGGGUUCCUGAUCGCGUCCGUGGUGGUUCGCAGGUCCAACUAACGGCUUAAAAGCUUAUAGGCUGAUGCUUAGGUUGGAUGUGGAAGCCAACUCGACAGAUUUGAAGCUACUGCAUGAGGGGCUAAUAAAUAAGUUUGCAUGCUUCAAUUUCUUGUGUCUCUAGAGAAAAAUCAACUCAUUGGCGGAAAAAAAAAAACAUCCUGGUGCGUUCAUAAGUCAGCCAUCUAGAGGACAAUGUCAGCUUCGGAGUUCAGGAUUCCUUAUCAGCAAGUAUCAUCUUCACAGACUGCUGAGAAUGCAGGUCAGUACAAGAUCUGCCGGUGUGGGGAAGGAGACCCAAACACAUCUGAAACUGGUGACAGUUCGCCAACUAGUUGUCCUAAUUGCCAGGUUCUUAAGAGUGGGCAUCUACUGCUCUCAUCUAAAGGAAUUGGUUGGACAACAUGGAAAAAGCGCUGGUUUAUUCUUACAAGGGCAUCAUUAGUGUUCUUCAGAAGUGAUCCUAAUGCACCUGUCAGAGGAAAUGAACCGGUUGUUACACUAGGUGGAAUUGACUUGAAUAACACCGGAAGUGUUGUGGUCAAAGAAGACAGGAAACUUUUAACGGUGUUAUUUCCUGAUAGCCGUGACGGCCGAACCUUCACUCUGAAGGCGGAAACUACAGAAGAGCUCAAUGAAUGGAAAAGUGCAUUAGAGAAUGCUCUGGCACAAGCACCUGCUGUAGCAAAUGCUGUUGGCCAAAAUCCAAUUUUCAGCACUGACAUAGCAGAGCCUGCUGAAGCUCCAGCUGAACAGCCGGACGACAAAUCUGUUAUUGGUAGACCUGCAGAGUUUGCCCUUGUAGAUGCUGAUGGUAGUCCAUCUUUCCUGGAGAAGGCCUUGAAGUUCAUUGAAGAUUAUGGUGUCAAGGUGGAAGGAAUCCUCCGUCAGUCUGCUGAUGUUGAAGAAGUCAAACGCAGAGUCCAAGACUAUGAAAAGGGGAAAAAUGAGUUCUCCCCAGAAGAGGAUGCACAUGUUAUUGGUGACUGUAUCAAGUAUGUUCUUCGAGAGAUGCCAUCAUCUCCUGUUCCUGCACCAUGUUGCACUGCGCUGGUUGGAGCUUACCGAACCGACAAAACAAAAAGGCUUGAUGCUAUGAGUAAAGUGAUUUAUGAAGUUUUUCCGGAACCAAACCAGCAACUAUUGCAGAGGAUUCUUAAGAUGAUGCAGAUUGUUGGAUCACACAAAGCUGUGAAUAGGAUGUCUCCAUCGGCUUUGGCGGCUUGCAUGGCACCACUCCUUCUCCGACCUCUUCUUCUCGGUGAAUGUGAAAUUGAUAGUGACUUUAGUAUGGCUGGGGAUGGUUCAUUCCAGCUGCUUCAAGCUGCAGCUGCUGCCAACCAUGCUCAAGCAAUUGUCAUCAUUAUGCUCGAGGAAUACGACGAGAUAUUUGAUGACUUGGAAGACGGUUCCUGCUCUUCAGAUGCAUAUACUGAUUCAGAAGAUGGCGAUGUUGACAAGGAAUAUUCUACGGACAAUGAUGUGGAUGGCUCUUAUGAUUCUGGUGAAGAUAACAUUGAAGAAGACAUGGAAGAUGAUACUGAGUACUCCUCUGGUGGCAGUGAAUGUGAUGACAAGGUUAAAAGGAAUAACUCUGGCAAGGCAUCUAAUGGUAAUGAUAAGGGUUUUCAACCUCCUAAGAAAGCAGCAAGAACAGAACAUGGUGUGCUAAGGGAAGACACUAAUCAAAUUUCUUCUGUUCCACCAGUGGAGAAUACUUCCCAAAUGGAGAGCAAUGAUCCAUCCCAUCGAAAAUUACACGAAUCAAAUGGAUCCACAGAUCAAAUAGAAAAGUCAAAUGUUCGCGCAUCAUCAUCAAGAGCAAAAUUUAUGGAGAAAUCAAGCUCAAGAAAUAAGAGCAAAAAGACCUUAUUGGGCCGUGCUUCAGCAAGAAGAGACCUGUCGGCAGAUGAGACUGACUUUUGCAGUGAUGAUGAGACUCUUAUUGAGAAGCUUGAGAACAACAAGACGGAUCUCCAAUCUAAAAUUACAAAGGAGGUGAAAGAAAAUUCAAUCCUCCAGGCAAGUCUUGGAAGGAGGAAAGAAGAAUUGCAUGAACGCCGCUUAGCACUUGAAAAAGAAGUGGAAAAUUUGCGGGAUCAGCUACAGAAGGAGAGAAAAUUGAGGGCCUCAUUGGAGUCUGGGCUGAUGAAUUUGCGUAGAGGACAGGUGUCCUUCCCAUCAACAAUUGAUAGCAAGACUAAGGCUGAUCUUGAGGAAGUUGCUACUGCUGAAGCUGAUAUUUUGAACUUGAAGCAAAAGGUUUCUGAUCUCCGUGGACAACUCAACAACAAUGUCCAGAUGAGCUCCACCUCAUUAUGUGACUCUUGCAACAAACGACUCCUAAGUACAGACAAGCUUUUCGAAGAUGAACAGAAUACUUCACCAUCAAAUGUUGGGCCCAAUUCUAUGUCUGACAUGGCAUCGGCUACAGACAUGGCAGAUAUUGAGCAAUCAAGGAAGCAAACCACACAACAUUCAUCUUCUUCCAUAGACAAGCCAACUCUCCACAAGCAUCAAAAGAGUAUUGCAUCCAAUGAACAAUCAAGUACCAUCAGCCAAAGGGCUCAAAGGAUCUUAUCUUCUAAGGGUGGGAUUAUGAAGGAUGGCCAAGAUGGAUCAUUUACAUCAAAGUGGAACCUUGCACAGAAACAAUACUCAAACAAUCCACUGUUAGGCAGGCUUGGAUCAAAUGCCUAUUCGAGCACUAGAACAGAGGAAUCUGGGGCAGUGCCAUUUGCAUUAGCCAAGCUGACAAACCGGCUCAAUUUUUUGAAAGAAAGGAGGGCGAUUCUUGCAAGUGAGAUGCAAAACUUAAAUUUGGCUCGCCCACCAGGGCCUACAGCUCCAGCACCAAAGAAAGACUCCACAUGAGAAGUUAGAAUUUUAACAUGGCAUCAUUCUCAGGCUACGGAUAUUUGUACUGUCAAGUGUCAAAUGUGAGCGAUGCACAUAUAUAUGAUGGACGCUACACAAGCUAUUUCACAUCCUGCUUCUGGAAGAUGGGGGUGGUGCAAUAUUGUAACCUUACCGGAGGUUACCCAGUCCGAGAUGCGUCAUCAUGCAAGAAAAUAAGAGGAUGCUGGUGGUGUUUACAUAAAUCGUGGAUUGGACAAAUAUCCAUAGUUCUAGGUAAACGUAAUCUGUAAAUUUAUCAGGUUGUCUUGUUUUUACCACGAUGUUUCAUAAGUAAUUUUGCAGCGACAUUGAUUUAUCCGGGUUGCACCAUUUCAUGUAGAAAAUAGUUAAACCACAGUGCUAUUGCAAAUGCAAUUACCUGCUGCAUUCGACGCCCAUUAACUUGAGGGUUUCAUCAUAUCUUCCUGCUGUACAGAAGCAAUUACCUGCUGUAUAUCAUUAUCCUUUUUGGCGUA